UCGUUUGUUGUAAAAAACUAUUAUUAUUAAGUAAAAGCUAGUUCAUUUAUAAAUUUGUAAUGCAAAAUUCUGAUCAAAUGUUGGAAGAAUGUUGUGAAGAUUUAUUUAGCAUACGCUUGGAUCCGCCAGAUAGGCGUGAUAAAUGUGAUAAAUGCAAGCGACCAUCUGUAGUUUGUUGGUGUCAGUCAUUACCAAACCCACCAAUUAACAUUAAGUCUUCUAUAGUUAUACUGCAACAUCCUGCCGAAGAGAAACGAUCCUUGCGCACAGCCUUAAUGUUACAACUUGGUGUAACACCAGGAAAAUGUGUUGUAUAUAAGGGAAAGCGCUUUCCAUCGACGAAAAAUCAAGCUGAGCUUGAACCAAUAUUAAACUCGCCAAAUUCUUUACUUCUCUAUCCCAGUAAAGACUCGGUGCCUAUAGAAAACCUUGGCUCUCAGAUAAUUGCACCGUCUGAAGAUGCACAUUUUACAUUAGUGCUUAUCGAUGGUACCUGGCCGCAAGCAAAAGCUAUUUACGCCAGUAGUCCCAUACUACAUCGCAUGCGACAGGUGAAACUAAUAGCUGCGGGCAAUAGUGAUUACAUUAUACGCACACAACCCACCGAAGGUUGCCUCAGUACUCUUGAAACUGCUGCACAAGCUUUAUCCAUUUUGGAGCAACGUAGUGAACUGCGACAAUUAUUAGUACGUCCGCUGCAUACGUUAUGCAAGUACCAGUUAGAUAAUGGUGCUGUUGAACAUCAGUCGAAAGAGUUUCGCAUAAAAAAUCAACAAUAUCCCAAACAAAUCGGCAAGCGCCUCAAUCGUUUGCUCAAUUACAGCACAAUUUGUAGACCCGAGGCGUCCGAAGAGAAUGUGGCAAAUAGAAUCGAUGCAACAUUGCAACAGCAGGAACAAAGAACGUGAAAGUGGGCAUAAAUAAUAUAAAAUAACUUUAGAAGAAUACUAUACUUACAUAUUAUGUAGAAAUAAUGCAUUUAUUGAAUUUGUCAUAGCUAGUUUAUAAAGUAAUAUACAUAUUUACAAAGCUAAACUAAAUUAAAAAAAAAAAAAAAACAUGUAGAUUAUUUACUAAGCAAAGUUUUUAUUGCAUUACAUUGCCAUUAAUAAUUUAAACUUUUUAAGUUUCUAAUAAGCUUGAAAUC